AAGGGGACUGUGCAAGUUGAGCUCUGCCCUUCUUCAUCUUCUCCUUCUUCUCUCCGGGCCCGUCUCCGACCCUGCGGAGCAGCAUGCGGAGCGGUCUCCGCGCUGCCUCGGAUGUGCUUGGGGUGCUGCUGCCGCCCCCCCCCGAGCAUCAGCCGCCCGCCGCCGGCAGCGCGACCGCGGGCGCUGGAUGAGACGGCAGCGGGCAGGUGGCUGCUGCGCUUCCCCCUCCCCAACCCCCCGGCUCCUUCAUGCGGGCUCCUGCUCUCAGGAAGAGCCGCUUUGCCUUCCUCCAGACCCCACCCCGAGCAGGGGCUGGGGAGCUGCCCCCGUCCCGCAGCCCGGGGGUCCCGCAUGGCGUGUUACCUGGUCAUCAGCUCCCGGCACCUCAGCAACGGCCACUACCGCGGCAUCAAAGGCGUCUUCAGGGGACCGCUCUGCAAGAAGGGCUCCGGAUCGCCGGCAGCAGCCACCUCCUCCCUCCCUCCCUCCGUCGCUCUCCGCACGGACUAUGCUGAGAAGGAGAAAGCUGCAGCUAAGGCUCUGGAGGAUGUGAAGGCCAACUUCUACUGUGAGCUGUGUGACAAGCAGUACCACAAACACCACGAGUUUGACAACCACAUCAAUUCCUAUGACCAUGCUCACAAGCAGAGACUGAAAGAUUUAAAACAGAGAGAGUUUGCCCGAAAUGUGGCCUCAAAGUCCUGGAAAGAUGAGAAGAAGCAGGAGAAGGCCCUCAAGAGGCUCCACCAGCUGGCAGAGCUCCGGAAGCAGUCAGAGUGCAUCAGCAGGAGCGGACCCUUGCUUAAAGCCCCCAGACUGGUGGUGGAAAAGCAGCAAUCAUCAGAUGGCAUUUUGCUCUGCAAGGGUGGCAAGGUGCCAGCCAGUUCUCAGAGAAGCAGCAGCAGGGAAGGACAAGGCAAACAACAGCUCAUCAUAAGCAGGCACCAGUCCCCUGCUGAGAGAGCCCACACGCCUGGAGGCCACGUCUCCCAAGUGUUCCCAGACAGCACCAACACUUCUCCAAGGGCAGGAGUGUCUUUCUCCUUCUCUAAGAAAGUCCCUUUGAAGCUGGAGUCCUCAGCCUCACUUUUCAGUGAGAACUCUGAAGAGGGGCCUGACUGCAGUGAAUGCCUCAGCCAGAAAGCAAAGCAAGCUCUUGAGGGCUGUCGCUCUGGCACACUUUUGGAGGAGGAGGCAACAGCAAGCUUGGAUAAAGGGCCACCCAUCAUGCAAAACCCCAUGGAUUUGGAGAACAGUGCAUUGAGUCAUGGAGCUGCAAAUCCUAAAGUGCAGAAGGACACUGAUAAAAGUAGUGAUGGAGAAGCAGAGGACAAGGUCAGUGCUCAGCCUUCCUUCUCCAAAGCCAAAACACAACUUUCAAACGUGGACUUCUGCGGUUCACUUGGAGAAGCAGGGCUAGAGAGCAGCCUGCAGGAGUCUGAGCAGCUGCCAGCAGCUCUUCCCUCAGCACCAUGCCCAGACAGCACCUUGUGUCCACAGCCCAGCCCCUUCAGGCACAGCGGUGCCCACCUGCCUGGCCAGCUGCCUGAGCUCCAGCAGCAGGCAGCACCCGAGCUGUCCUGUGCGAGGAGCAGCAGCGAUGGUGCUGGGCUGGUGCAAAGAGGGAGGCCUGCAGAGAGUUCCAAACCUGGCACUGGGAACAUGGAAGCACUUCCAAGGGAAGCUGAAGAGGUUAAGCCCCAGGCACUGCCUUUCCUCCAGGUGGUGAGCAAGGAUGGCAGCACUGCUCUGCAGUGGCCCACGGAGUUGCUGCUGUUCACAAAGACUGAGCCCUGCAUCUCCUACGGCUGUAACCCCCUGUACUUCGACUUCAGGCUCCCUGUACACUCCAGGGAUGGCAAGCAGCAGGAGGCACACAAAGCUCUGAACCCCAGAGAUGGCAAACAGCAGGAAGCACACAGAGCCAGCUGCAAGGGGCACCCUCAGUCUCAGACUGCAGAUGAAAACCUAGCCUGGGGUCUCAUGACGCACAAGCAAACGUCAAACAAAGCAGAUCGCCACUUGUCGAAACCAAAGAAGAUGAAAGGUUCCCUGAACCCACGGAGGGCCAAGCAGAAAGCUGUGUCAGAUGUAGGAAAAGAAGGUGAUGGGAAUGGUCAGAAAUGCAUCCCAGAGUGUUUGAAUGAAAACCCACCCAAAGUGCCUGCUCACCUUGAGGUCUCACACAACGAUGACGUGGCAGAGAAAUGUCUUCAGACCACAGAGCUGAGAAGCCCUUCAAAGCACCUUGUUCAUAACUGUGAAGGAAGCAAACAGAGCAUCAGAAAUGAAAGCAUCUCCUUCUCUGCUUUUAUAGCUAGGGUGAAGAAGUCUAGAGCUGCAAGAUGCCCUCUGCUUUAUUCUGAGGAAAAGCAUGGCCACCAGAAUGACUGCAGAGCCCUUCCAGCCGUGGCCAGCUGCAGCAGUGAUAUCAGUGACAGCAGCAAAGACUCUGGGGGAAGCUUCCUUAGUUCUAAAUCCAGUUCCAGCAGCAGGUGUUCAGAAACUGAAGGAUGUGGAAGUUCCAUGAGAUGCUGGAGAUGCCCUUCUCCUCCCAAGUCCUCCUGUGAGAGGCAUUCCUGCUCUUCUGACUCUUCUGUGAGCAGUACGAGGAGCUACCUGAGCUAUGUGAGCCCUGCCUCAAACCAGCACAGCAGGGAUCAUCCUCUGGUGUGCUGCAAAAGACAAAGCAAGAGAGCUGGCAGGCACAGAUGCAGGCACAGAAAGCACAGGUGUGGUGUCCCUUCUGCUGACACAGGUGAGGCUUGGCUGUGCCCCAGCAGAAGUCACAGGAGCAGGAAGUGGGCAGAGGGGGGCACAGUUAAAUAUGGGAGAUGCUCAAGACACAGCAUUCUACAGCACAGAGACAGGUCCAAACACAGCAGGUGUGGGCACCAGCAUUUGGGCAAAGGGCAUAGCAGAAGCAGAAGCUGCCAGAGCUCCAAAAGCUGUUCCACCAGAGAUUCCAGAAGCAGUGAAAGAUCAAGUAGCAGAAUAUCAAGAAGGACCAGUUCAGGAUCCUUCUCCAAAGAGGCUGGCAAUGGUGACAACCAAACAAAAGAGGACACAGAAAGAGGUUCCAACAUCAAGCUGGGAGAAGAGGAGACUGCACAGGAUGGCCAUGGGAAUGGGCAGUCCAAAGCCUUGGCCACCUGCUCUUCUGAAACCCUGGCAGAGGAUGUGUGUGGGAGAAGAAAGUCACUGACAGCCCAGCUGCUGCUGGACAGGGUGCAGGCCAAGAAGAGCCAAGAACAGAUGCAUCCUUCAGAAAGGUUUCCAAAUACCUGUGGGGUAGGGUUGAAGGGUCACUCCCAAAGCCACUUUGCUCUCCAGUUUGCCCCAUCAGUAGGUGACAUUGCAGCCUUGCCUUUGCCAGAGGAGCUGCUCAGCAUGGCUGCAGAUGGCAGGAGGCAUCAGGACAGCAGCAUGAAGAAAGGCAGCGCUGAAGCACCAGAGCUCAGGAAUGCUGCUCUGUCAUCAGGCACUGACUGUGACCAUUGUCUCCUGCAAGACAUCAUCCAAAUAGGAGCAGGCUGUCAGAGCCCCAGGAGGAGCACAGCAAUACAGGACCCACCCCAUCUCUUCUUCAGUGAAGUCCAACCCUUUCUAGAAGGCUGUGAGCCGGUACCAAACGAUUUCCCUGGUGCUUUCCCCUCCAGCAGGUACUCUGUUGUUGCUCAUUCCCUAGAGACCAAAGAAGAACUUCCUGCUGUGAGCAUGGCCCCUCGCCGGGUGGAAGGCAGCUGGGACUCCCUCUGUGGCCAUGCUGUGCAGCAGUAUGGUGACACAGUCGGUGACCUGGAAGGGUACCGUAAGUCCACGUCCCCUCCCUUAACGCAGCGGCCCGUCACAUUCUCCCCAGAGGAGGUGGACAAAUACAGGCUGCUGCAGCUGCAAGCCCAGCAGCACAUGCAGAAGCAGCUCCUGGCAAAACAGCUGAAGGUUCUGCCCUCCCCAGGCCCAGCUCCAGCAGCUCCUGCCCUCCCUGUCCAGCAGCAGGCCACUGUCACCACCAUCCACCACACGCUGCUCCAGCGCUUCGCCGUCUCCGCGGCCCUCCACCCCCACGGCGGCCACCUCUCCCUGGCACACCUCCAUCCCCUCUCCCAGGCACACUUCGCCCCCGUGUCCCUGUCCCCAUUGUCACCAGCCCUCCUUUCCAGCCACCCUGCUCUGCUGGCAGGCCACCCGCUGCACUUGGUGUCCAGCAGCCCCCUCCACGCUACCCCACUGCUGCUCCCCGCACUGCCACACGCUGCCUACAUCCCAGCCUUAUUCACACCACACCUGAGUGCAGCCUCAGCUUCUGCUCUGCACCCACCCCCCUUAGCUCAGCCACUGCUCCAAAGCCAAGAGCACCAUCACCACUCCUUUUCCAGCCAGACUCAGCAUCUCCCCUCAGUGAAAGAAGUGUUCAGUGUCUCCAGCUAUCUAACCUAGCCCAAGCGAUUGCCACUACGGCUCCAACCCCCAGGCUCAGUCAAAGAAAUUAUUCAGUGCUCCAGCACAGGUCUGAGAGGACAUCUGCUGAGAGCACAAAGGCAAAUGCUUUUGAGUCCACAUUAGUCAUACAGCUGUUGAGCUUGGAAGAGACCUCUGAGGUGAUCAAGUCCAACCACUUGCCUAAAGCUCACAAACCCCCCACUGCUGCUAAGCUGUCCCCAUUCUGUCUGGCAUCGUGGGAACGUUGGGUUUGGUCUCCUAUCACUGAGUAAAAGCUGUUCCAAACCCUUCUGUGAUACCACCACAAGGAGGACAGGGUCCAUCUAGAGCAAUUCUAAAGGUUUGGAAAGAAAAGCCUGAAAUGAGGCCUGUCAGCAGGUAGGAGACCACAGCAACCAAGUGCAACAGGAGCAAGAACAUCAACACCGAGGAGUGCUUUAAAAGGAGAGCAGGUCAAGGUAGAACAAUCUUGAUGCAGCUCAAGUGUUUGCUCUUCUGAGUGGGUACAAUACAACAGCAUUACUUGGGCUGCUUCAGAUGUGGCAGGCUGAGCAGAGAAGGUAUCUGGGAGCACAAGUCCCUGCUUUUUGUCUCCUGACCAAAAUUAAGUGGGGAGCAUCAGCGUGAAGGUGACUGGAAGAAGAGGGUCACAACAACAUCUCAAGGAUACUUCAGAGCUUUUAUCCCUAGGACAUGUUGCUUGGACAGCAGCCUGAAGGCGCUGCGCUCUGGCCACAGGUGUUCCACAUUUGCUUAGUGUGGGUGGCUGUAUGCUGGCAGAGCCCUGAGUCAAGCAGCCAAGAAGGUGAGGGAGGGAAGGAGAUGAAGGCAAGUUCUUUGGCUACCCAGAGAGGUGGUACAGUCUCCACCUCUGAAUACUUUCAAGGUCCACCUGGACGUGUUCCUGUGUCACC